CUCGUUACUAUGGCUGGAUUGGAGAUUGUAGUAGGAACGUAUGAAGAGUUCAUCGUGUGCUAUCGUGUCGAACCUUUACGAACCGAUUCGGAAAAGCUAUAUCUGAAGGAAUCGUUCGCCGCCCAUCUUCACACCUCGUCUGUGCGAUGUAUUGCCUCCCACGGAAAAUACGUAGCAACCGGUGGAGCCGACGAUCGUAUCUGUUUGUUGGACAUGCGAGAGGGAACGAAAGUAACAGAGUUCUUGCAUCACGAUGGGACGAUCAACACGAUUGUUUUCUCGAACAACGGAAGCCAUCUGCUAUCCGGCAGCAAUGACAGUAGCAUGGUUGCGAUCAACAUGUCCAAACUGGCCAUCGAUAAAACGUGGAAACACGCCCACAAGACGGCAGUGCAGUGCAUUUCCAUACAUCCGCAAGGAAAGAUGGCACUUACGUUGGGUAGUGACAUGACGCUUAAGACAUGGGAUUUAAUAACGGGCCGUGCUCUGUUCACCACUGUCUUGAGUAAAAACAACAAGUAUGGACGAGUAAUAAGCGACGUGCAAUGGUCACCGGACGGCGAACAUUUUGCGCUUCUGGGAAACCGGGUGGCCGAUAUCAUCAGCAUCGAGACAACGCGUUCCGUUCGUACGCUAGAUUUUGACACCAAGCCCACGGUCAUGCGUUGGCUUUCGAAGGAGGAAAUAGCGGUUGGGUUGGAAAGUGGAGCACUUAUCUUGGCCAAUAUUCACGAAGAAGAACAGCAAGAAAAAUUGCAGAUCUACGAUACACGGUUGAAGGCGAUUGCCUGUCUUGGAGAAUACAUCGCGACCGCUUCCAGUGCAGGAGACGUAUCAUUGUGGCAUCUACAUGAUAUGGAUUUCACUCAAAUCUGCACGCAACAGAUCGGCUGUCGUCCGAUUUGUUUGGCGCUAAUCAACACCAGCAAGUCUGUAGGCCAGGACAGUAUCGAGAAGGCAUCGUCAAGCAUGUUGAUAUCUGGAAAAGAGGCAAGAGAAGAGCGAGCAAUCCAGCAGGAGAGCAGCAUUGCCGCGAAAGUCGUAAAGGAACUUGCUUGGGUGAGCGUAGAAACAGAGGAUCCUGUUCAGCUAGCAGCUGCCAACCGAUUAAAAAAACGAAUGUUGAAAAAACGGAAGCUUGCCGGUUCGAAGGAAGAGGACAAGAAAAGUAGUAAUGGUUCCGUCAAGCGAGUAAAAUCGAUGGGAUUUAUUGAAGAACCAAUCGAAAAACCUUUGGCGCCCAGUAAGUCAUGCUGAGUGUG